AUGUUUUUUACAUCAAAAAAUGAAAUUCAAUUUCUUAAGAAAGGAUUUUGUCAAGUAGUUGAUGUAGAUUAUGAAGUUAUAGAUAAUGAAGAAAUCUAUAAACUUACAGAAAAUCUUGAUUUUGAUGAACAAGAUAAUCAUAUGGAGUUAGGUCCACAAGCUAUGUAUUAUAAGUCAUCAACAUCUGUAUCAAGCACAUCAAGUAAUGAAGAUAGAAGUAAGGAAAAUUUUGUUCCAGCAUAUCAGAAUGAAUCACUUAUAAUUGAUCAGUCAAAUAUCACUGCUGAAGAAGAUAAAGUUGUUGAUUUUCUAAAGACAGAUAAGCCUUCAAUUGUUCUCCUUCCUACUCGGUUUGCAGGCCCAGAUGGUAUCGUUGCUACAAAUUUCCCUGGAAUAUUUGUGUUUUUCUCUUCAGCAUUAAGUUUUAAUGGAGAAAUCAACCAUACAAAAUCAAACAAUAAUUCACUUCAUGCACAUUAUAAUAAGGUUCAUAAUCUCAUUGAAACUGAUUACAUACAAG